GAUGUUGUUCAUGUUGAUGUUGCUGGUGUUGCCAUUGUUGUUGUUAUCGCUGUUGUUGUUGUCACUGUUGUUGCUGUUGUUUCUGUUGCUGUUGUUUCUGUUGUUCUUGCUGUUGUUGUUGCUGCUGUUGUUGCUGUCACUGUUGUUGCUGUUCUCGCUGCUGCUGUUGUUGGUGGUGGUGUUGCAGUUGUUGUUGGUGUUGCUGCUGUUGUUUUAGUUUGUCAACAACUAUGUGG